UUGGCUCUCUCUCUGUCUCUCUCUUUGCUCUGUUUCUCAUAGCGCAGCUGUCUCUCUCUAGCUUCGUUAUGUCCCUUUCUCCCCUAUUCGAUCUCUUGCUCUCUGUUUGGAAUCGCGAACCCCUCCCUUUAGCUAUGUCUUCUGAAUAGCUGCUUGCAACCUUGAAGCUCUACUGGAUUGCCGACCUCGAAAAGAAAUGGAGACAAUUGUUAUUCUCGUGUGCUACAAUGGAAAAUGGGUCACCUCGAAGAAGAUGUGCAAAUACGAAGGGGGUGACUCAAAAGGCUUAAUAGUUCCACGGACCAUCAAUUUUGCUGAACUGUUGGACCGUGUGCAUCAGAUUGGUAAUACAAACAGCAGGGAAGACAAGGUUUGCUUAAAAUUCUCAGUUUUGGUGGCCUCGAAUGAGUGGAAGCACAUAAAGAUUGAGGACGAUGAUGAUGUCAAUUUUUUUAUGAAGUACAAUUCCGAGGUAACACCUUCAAAACUAGCUCCCUUACUCGUGAGUAUAGAAGAUAAAGGACUGACAAAUGAUGUAGUUCAUAGUAUGCAUAUCACGACAGAUAGUAGUCGGAUGGGUCAUUCUUCAGUUGCCAUUGUUGAAAGCAAUGAAGUAACUUGGAAUAAUACAAAUGUCACUGAUUUGGGAGGUGAAGUAGGGACAGAUUUUAUGGAUAUGAUUGAUUUUAGCGAGGUGGAGGAGAUGCAUGGUGGUGAUAAUGGUACUGAAAGAAAUGAAGUGUCAGUGUACUCUGCCCCUCCUAAUUUGGGGUGCUUGAACACAGCUGCCCAGUUGCCAAAAAUACGUUUAGGAGGAGAAUCUGAACCCACUCGUCAACAUUAUUGGAGUCAAAUGGGUGAACAAAAUCGGUAUAAUGCAGUCGGUGUAAAUGAUGAAGAAGCAUAUUUGGACAGCGGGUUUUCACGAAGCGAUUGGAAUCCGAAAAUUACAGUUGGGCAAAUUUUCUCUAGUAAGAAAGCAUUGUUAACGGAGUUACGGUUGACGGCAUUAAGAGGCCACUUUGAAUUUAAGGUGCAAUUCUCUUGCACUAAGAGGUUGCUUGUGGUUUGUUGUCAACGUCCAUGCCCAUGGCGGGUCCGAGCAUCGAGAAUUGGAGAAUACAGCUUCAUGAUUGUGAGGUGUACAACUGUCCAUGAAUGUGAUUUGAGGUUCGUAAGUGACAAGCAUCGUCAAGCAACCGCAGCACUUGUAGCCACUUCACUUAAAAGGAAGUUGAAGGAUUGUCGGACAAUAUACACACCAAGUGACAUUAUGAGAGAUGUGAAACACAACUUUGGUUGCACCAUCCAUUAUUCGAAAGCUUGGAAAGCAAGGGAGUUAGCUCUAUUGUCCAUUAGAGGAUCAGCGGAGGAGGCAUAUUAUAUCCUUCCAGCUUAUUGCUAUGAAUUGGAGCGUAUGAAUCCCGGCACAAAAACACACAUCCGAACUGAUGAGAACAAUCACUUUGUGUAUUUAUUUAUGGCGGUUGGCGCAUGUAUUAGAGGGUUCCGUUCUUCCAUGCGCCCAGUGAUAGCCGUGGAUGCCACUCAUUUAAAAUCCAAGUACAAGGGUGUUAUGUUUGUAGCAAAUGCAUUCGAUGAGGCAGGGUUACAUAAGUGGUCUAGAGCUCACAUGGAUGGACGCCGCUACAAUGUAAUGACAACAAAUACUGCGGAGUCAAUCAACUCAGUCCUUAGGUUUGCAAGAAUGCUGCCAGUGGUUCAUUUGCUAGGGGAAAUUGUUAAUCUCCUUGUGAAAUGGUUCACCGAACGUCGUGAGUUGGCUUUGAAUUGCACAACAACAUUGUGCCCCAAUUUUGGAGAGAAGAAGUUGAGGAACAGGUUGGAGGAUGCUGCAAGGAUGAAUGUGGUUAAAGUUAAUAAUGCACAGUAUAAUGUUUUGGACGGUGAUAUGGACGGCCUCGUAGAUUUGACGAACAACAGUUGUAGUUGUAGAAAGUUUCAGCUUGAGCAGCUACCUUGCAAGCAUGUAGUUGCAGUUUGCCGCUUCUUGAAAGUAAGUGUAUACACAAAGGCUUCUCGGUAUUACACUCGGAAAACCUGGAUGGAUGCUUAUUCGGAUAGCAUCUACCCGGUACAACCUCACGGAAUGUGGGAUACUCCUGAAGAUAUUCGAAGUCGAGUUGUGCUGCCUCCCAUGGCAAGGGUCAUGCCAGGCAGACGAAAGAAGUUAAGAAUUCCCUCGCAAGGAGAGGGCACCAUUAGAAGAAAGUGCUCAAGGUGCGGUUCUGCAGGCCACAAUAAAAGCACCUGUAAAAGCAAUAUUCCAUUGCGCAAUGUAGCUUAG